AGUAGUAUGCCAUACGGAGUAAACUCCCUCUCGAGUUCUCAAUACACCGGAUAUUUGACCUCAUCGCAGGUUCUUGCCGACUACUCCAAGCUCAUAGACAAUAUCAAGUCAAAUGUGAGCGGUGCUCGUUAUAGUCCAGUUAUUGCUUUCGGCGCAUCAUUAGGAGGUCAGUAUGCUGCCUGGAUGAGGAUGAAAUAUCCAAGUGUAGUUGCAGGUGCAGUUGCAUCCUCGGCCCCAAUCUUCCAGUACUCUGCAGACUGUGGGACACAGCACUCUUUGGUGACUAAGGCCUUUGAAAAAGAUGGAGGCCACGAAUGUGUGGAUGUUAUACGUCGUUCUUGGGAUAUUCUUGACAGACUCAGUCGAAAUGAAGAAGGCUUGAAAUUUAUUUCGAAAACGUUUUCCCUAUGCGAAACGUUAAAUGAAUCAAAAGAAAUCUAUCAACUUCGCGACAAGUUGGCGCUAUCCUAUCUUUUCCUCGCCAUGGAGAACUAUCCUCACCCGACUUCCACGAAACCUCCGUGGCCCAUUAAGACGGUUUGUGGAAACAUCAAGAAUGUUAAAGACGACGAUAGAGAAUUGUUGCAGGAUUUAUCCAACGCUUUGUCGGUGUACUUCAAUCAUACGAGAAAGUUGAAGUGUCUUCAUUUACCAAAGGAUGGAAAGGAGUUCUUAGGUGCUUGGAAUUAUCAAUCGUGUACGGAACUGCUCUAUCCACUCUGUUCUGAUGGCAUUCACGAUAUGUACUACAAGUCUAGUUGGGAUAUCGAAGCAGUUGGGAAAAUUUGCAGAAGCACGUGGGGUACGUCGCCCGACCUUAGUCGUGUGAAACUUUUAUACGGUGACAGGGAUAUAUCUGAACAUUCCAAUAUUGUGUUUGUGAACGGAGAUAUGGACCCUUGGUCCGGUGGCGGGGUAUUGGACAAUAUCACGGAUAGCAUUAUCGCCCUGACUGUUGACCACGGUGCGCAUAACUAUGAUCUUUUGUUUUCCAUGAAGGAAGAUUUGCCUUCCGUGAAAGAAGUGAGAAACAAAGAGAAAAGUUAUAUUCGUUCAUGGAUACAGAAAUGGAGGGAAAAAAUGAUAACAGUUGAAAAGUUGAUCGGUCAAGGUCAAUUGUUGACAACAUAGACCUUUUUUCUUCAAUAUCACUAUAGGGAAUUUUUAAAAUACAAUACUUAAUAAAUUAACUAGCACUCCAUCCGGUGGCUUAAUUUUACCACCUUUUGUCUAACUUUUAGAAAUAAUAAACUUACUGCAUUUAAGGUACAUGGGAGAUUUUUUGAAAUUUCAAAAGAUUGGGUAAAAGUGGAAGCACUGACACAAAAAGCCUGGUGCCUAAAUUUUAUCUUUCCUUUCUGAUUCUUCAAAAACAUUGUAAAAUACUAUGGCGGAUGGUCAACCGAAGAAGAAGCGUACAUUCCGCAAGUUUACCUAUCGCGGUGUCGAUUUGGACCAACUUCUCGACAUGCAAAGCGAUAAUUUAAUGGAACUCGUGCAUGCCCGAGCAAGGAGACGCUUUUCUCGUGGUCUGAAGAGGAAGCCAUUAGCUUUGAUCAAGAAACUACGUAAGGCCAAGAAAGAAGCACCUCCGAUGGAGAAGCCAGAGGUUGUCAAGACCCAUCUUAGAAACAUGAUUGUUGUCCCGAGAUGAUAGGCAGUGUUAUUGGCGUAUAUAAUGGUAAAACAUUCAAUCAAAUUGAGGUGAAGCCCGAGAUGAUCGGACACUAUCUUGGUGAGUUUUCCAUCACAUACAAACCAGUUAAGCAUGGUCGACCUGGUAUCGGAGCCACUCAUUCUUCAAGGUUUAUACCUCUCAAGUAGAAAAUUAACUAUGUUUGUGUGUUGUAGACAAUAAAUGGUAAAAUAUUUAA